AGACGAUACUACGAUAUGGCCAUAGCAAUGCCAGCCCCAGCUGCAGCUUGCUCGCUUCUUCUGCUUCUCCUUGUGGUGGCGGCGCCGGUGGCCGCCGGGAAUCCCAAGAUCGAUGAGUGUGUCAUCCAUGGUGUCCGUUGGGCCGCUUGGGCCGACUCGGAGCAGUUGACGGAGGGCCUCGGCAUCCCGGAGCGCACGUUCAGCGCCUUCAUCUUCGACCUCUCCGUCGGGCGGCAGGCCCUCUCGGUCGUCAUGGACAUCUCCAGCGAGCUCGUCUGGGUGCAGUGCUCGCCCGGGCUCAGGCCCACGCCCACCUUCCUGCCCGACCACUCCGGCUCCUUCGCCCCGGUCGCCCCCUGCCCAUCAUUCGUGCGCAACAACUCUGGCUCCUUUGGCCAGAUCCACUACGCCGACCGGACCUGCAACCCCGGCGACCACGGCUGCGAAGCCCGCUGCGGGUACGUGGAGCACAUCUACGGCGCCGGCAACACGUCCGGCUACCUCGCCACCGACAGGUUCGGUUUGGGGAACACGAAGGUCAGCGGCAUGGUGUUCGGCUGCAGCUGCAGCCACAACGUCACGAUGUUGAGCGACCUCGACGGAGCUUCCGGCUUCGUCGGAUUCAGCAGGGGCCCCCUCUCCCUCGUGUCGCAGCUCCAGAUCUCAAGGUUCUCCUACUUCACCACGCUCCCCGGCGACCCCGACAACAGCAAGGCCUUCGUUAGCUUGAGCUGGGCAGCAGACCACGCUGACGCUAAGGGCAGCCACACGCCGCUGCUGGCGGCCAGGCCCAACCAGAACUCGUACUUGUACUACGUCAACCUCACCGGCCUGCAGGUGGACGGGCAGCUCCUCACCGACAUCCCGGCGGGGACCUUCGACGUCCGGGCGAACGGCUCCGGCGGGGUGUUCCUCAGCACCACCCUGCCCUUCACCUACCUCGACGAGCCCGCGUACAAGGUUCUGAGGCGGGAGCUCGUGAGCAGGGUCCGAUCGCAGGGCCUGGCUCCGGUGAACGCUACGGCCGGCCACAGCCUCUGCUUCCUCACGCAGCACUUCUCCAAGCUGAAGGUUCCCAAGCUCGCCCUGGUGUUCGACGGCGCCGACGCGACGAUGGAGCUCAGGGCGCAGAACUACUUCUGGAACUUCAGUGGCGGGCAGACGUGCCUCACCAUACUGCCGUCGACCACCGGCAGGUCCAUCUUAGGCAGCCAGCUGCAGACCGGCAGGACGAUGACCUACGACAUCCAUGGCGACAGCGGCGGCCAGCUGACGUUCUCGGGAGCUCCAGCGCCGGCGCAGGUGUCGCUGGCUACGCUCUUACUCAUCUGGGUGUUCCUCCUCUAGUUCCAGCUAGAUCAUGCCACCGGGCAAUAACCUUAGCGUGAGGUUGCUCAGUGAAGUCGGAUUGCUCAGAGAAGUACUAGUAUAUUGUUGUAUUGCAUUUCGAGUUUUCAUUUCAAUCAUCCCGCUGCUACCAAUCUAUGUUGAAUUGCAGUGCUCGAUCUGGUAUUGAUUUAGAAUUUGAGGUUA